AUGACGGCUGUCAAAAGAGGGUCCGAGGAUGACAUUAGGGGUCAAGGUUAUGAAGGUGGUAAGAAGAAGAGGGUUAGUUUGAGUUGUGCUCAGUGUGAAAAUCUGACCUGUCAGUGUAAUCGUCAAUUUCCGUGUCAACACUGUACUCAAGCGCGAAAAGUCCCAGAACUUUGUGUACCAUACAAUCCUCAAUCCUCCAACAACUCUUCAGGUUUAGAUCCCAAAACGGCAGGAAGGAUAGAUAUGAUUGAAUCGGUCUUAGGCGUGGUGGUUGGACAUACACCGGGGAUAUCGGGUUAUGACGUCGUGAAAGAGUGGAUGGCUGAACCUAAAUUCCGUCAACUCCUCUCAGCUUCCAAUUCACCUGCCUCUUCACCUAAAUUCUAUGAAAAGCCCCACUCCACAGCCGGACCAUCAGGUUCCAACAACGACUCAACUCAAGAAGAUCAUUCCAAAAUGGGAAGAUCGGCGAGUCUGGAAGAUGAUCGUGCAGCUGGUAUCGACAAUACUUGGUUACCCGAUCUAGAUGGUGGAGAACCUAAUUCGAUGAAUGGGAAAUCUGGUACUCAUCUAAAAUUGGACAUACAUGGUACACCUGCGGAAAAUUUGAGAAAGAUCGUCACGGAAUUCGGUGUCAGUCCACAUAAAGUACAAGAACUCGUACAGGAAUUACCUCCAAAGCCCUUUGCGGACAGAGUGAUAGAUUGGUAUUUCACCAAACUCGAUUGUAUCCGACAUCCCAUCGAUGAAAGAUCUUUUCGAAACUCGUACGAAGAACUAUACUCCAGAUUACCAACUGUCGACCCGAGUCAUUGUCGGGUUUUACCCCUUCUAUUCAUCGUAUUGGCUGUCGGAGUGCGUCUGGCUCCAGAACCUUGGGCGGGAAGUGAAGACCAUAAGAAAUUGUCGAGUUUGAGAAUGUAUUGGAGCUCUCGGAGAAGUAUGCUCUUAGCUACUGCCAUCGAACCUGAAAGUCUAGAACUAGUGAGCGCAAUGUACUUAGUGGUCAUACAUGAUCGUCGUUUGACGGAAUGUUGGUCUCAACUGGGCGCUUCUUUAAGGACAGCACAAGCUUUGGGACUUCAUAGAGAUGGGUCAAAGUUAGGGUUAGAUCCGUUUCAGACGGAAUAUAGAAGACGGUUAUGGAGUUAUCUAUAUCAUGCCGAUAAACUCUACUCCCUUAUCCUCGGCCGCCCUCCAUCCAUAUCAGACGAAUACACAGACACUCUCCCUCCUUCCAACCUCGAACUCUCCGAUUUAUACGAUCUGGACCCCUCUCAAUCUUUUCCCGAAUCAAAACCUCUUUCUCAACCUACCACAGCAACAUUCCUCAUUCUUCGAAAAGGACUGGCGAAAAUCAUAGGACGAAUAGUGCAUCAUUUCCAGAAACUCAACGAGCCCGCUCAAUAUGCAGAUGUGGAAGGGUUACAACAUGAAUUAGAUGGUUUCGUACAGGCUUUACCGGAACAUUUUAGGAUGCAUGAUCCAGAUAGGAGUUUGGACAAGGAUAAUUGGUGGUUACCAGUUCAUCGCUUCCUAUUAUUGACGGAAGUCCUCGUUACUACAAUAGUACUUCAUCGUCCGUGGCUACUGAGAAAGCUUUCGAGUAAUCGUUAUGCUGCUUCACGGACGGCUUGUUUCGAAGCUGCUAAACUUGAUUUCCAAAUUAGACAGGAAUUCCGACGCGAAGUACCCGACCACAAGUUGUUGACCGUCACUUCCCAGUUCAAGAUGUUCAACAGCGCCAUGAUUGCUGGUAUCUCUGCUAUCAUCGAUCCACGGGGUCCUGACGCGGAUCAGAUGCGGAGGAUAUUGACAGCGUUCUUGGAGCAGAACCCGUGGACUGAGGUGAAGACGAAAGACGAGACGACGAGGAAAGAGGUUCAGAUCAUACUCACCCUCUCCCGCCGAGCAGCUAAGCUCUACGAAGAAUCUUUCCCACCCGGCGAGCUCAAUCCACAAGAUUCCGACUCGGUGGCCCUCCUUCUCGCACUUCGUCAAUCCGGUGAUGCUCCAACUCAAACACUGCCCACCGACUCUUCACUCCAUCAAUCCUCUGACCCUCGUGUCCCUCCGCCUUCCGACCCUCGACGUUUACCGGAAAAAGGAAGAUCAUGGAUGACCCUGAACAGCACAUCUCAGCUCCCUCUCACAUCUAUGGGACCUCAUCCUAUCUCUCAAUCUCCCUCUUCUUCCACCGGACCGGAAGAUGAUCAUUCACAACGACUUCUCGAUCAUUGGCUUCAUAACAAUUCCGCCUUACCCAUCUCCAUGGCAAACCCUCCGAUGGGGUUCGAGACGGGUGGAUAUAUGCCUAUGCCUGCUUUGGCAUUAGGGAUGGGGAUGACAUCGUUGAGUGGAGGAUAUCAGGAUACGUCUUUUGGAUAUAGUGGAUGGACGGGGAUGGGAACUCCUGGACCUACGAAUAUGGGUACUCCGAUAACGCAACAAAUGGAUUAUGCGUAUUCGGGUAGGAUGGAGGGAACUCCGGUGAUGGAUGGGAAUAUGCCUUUGGGGGAGGAAGGGAAUAGUGAUGAGUAUUGGAAUGCUUUGAUUGAUGGUGAGUGA